UGUUCUCCAUCCCUCCCUCACUGUACAUGCCACACAAUCAAUAGUUCCAACCAGAGAACCAACUCAACCAUACUACCCUCUGGGAAAGGGAGGGGAAAGAGAUGGCAUAAGAGACAGAGAGAGUGGGAGAGGACCACAGCGAAACUAUCUGCAGGCACAGACAGACACAGAUAUCCAUCCAGACAGACAGGCAGGCCUCGCUCCCCAGCACAGAAAGAUGAGCUCUCAGAUGUACACAGAGCUGUCUGCGGCUCCCUCGUCCGGCUCAGCCCUGGAGCUACGCUUUGCAGAGGACACCUCUCUCACUGAGGUGAUGCGGCUACGUGUCCAGUCCCUGCAGCGGAGCGGUCAGAAGCGACAGGAGGGGGAGCGGUUGCUCCUCCCCCAUGAGGCUGUCUACCGUCUGGACUUCGCCAAUCAGGAGCUGACGUUCGUCCACUGGUCGGUGUCUCUGAUUGGCAAUGGCAGAGUGACCGUCACAGGGAUCUCCCAGCUCUGGACCCCUGACCUCACACACCUGAUGACCCGGCAGCUUCUAGAACCCGUCGGAACAUUCUGGCGGAACGCUGGCGACCCGGAGGACACACCCCUCAAGUGUCUGGAAGCGGACAUCCAGGAGUUCGGGGAGCGAAUCGCGGAGCUGGCCAAGGUCCGCAAGGUCAUGUACUUCCUGUUUGCCUUUAAGGAGGGGGCAGAGGCUAACAAGGUCAGCAUCUCCGUGGAGUUUAAUCAGGCCUGACCUAUAAACCUUAAAGGGAUACUUUGGGAUUUUGGCAAUGAGGCCCUCUGGACACAGAAAUGUGUGCUUCUCUGUGUCCAGUAUGAAGGUAGAUAGAGGUAGUUUUGCGAGCCAAUGCUAAUGAUACCAUUAUGAUACCAACACUAGUUAGCAUUGGCUCACAAAACUAUGUGAAACUACAUCUAACUUCCUUCAUACUGGACAGACAUACAAAUGGUAUCCACGAGUUCAUCUGACUCUGGGGAAGUAGAUAAAGGGCCUCAUUGACAAAAUCCCGAAGUAUCCCUUUAACUGCUUCCUCUUCCCUCUACUCCUCUAGUCUCCCUCUCUCCAUUCUAAGGGAAUGCCUUCUAUUACAGCAAUUCGAGAUUGGGCCAGUCCUCACCUCUCACUGUCUCUCUACGCCCCCUGUCCACACAAACCCACAAGUCCCAUCUGAGUGUGUGCGCACUUCCUUCCUGAACAUCUAUCUAUCUAUGCAUGUCAGUCAACAAUCUGCUAGAAACCAUCUUCUGAAGGUACAGUAGUUACACAGUAGUAACAGUAGGCUGCAGAAUCACUAACUUAGGUUAGAAUCCUAUAGAUACGGGUACCUGCCAAAAUAAAGGAAACACCAACAUAAAGUUUCUUAAUAGGGUGUUGGGCCACCACGAGCCAGAACAGCUUCA